GCGAGCGAGGGGCAUUGCUGCUCCUAUUCAAUAAAGUGAUAAUUCGGAGUGAAUUUCGCAGUGAAGGAGGCAGUGCCCGAAGUGAACACAGCUGCUUGCUAGGACAGUGUUUCCAGUUCGGCUGCUGUCGAAUUACAUCCGAAAUUCACUUUCAAUUCUCACUUUAGUGAAUAUCCCUGGCAGACAUUGCAUUUGGUGCCAGAGGGUGGAGCAAUGCACCGUGUCUCUCCGGCUGGGCCAUUAAUAACCUGCAGCCUUAUCAUGGGGCUCUCACAGCCCUUCACACUGAUGGGAGUAGCAGUCCAUGACUGAUAGCCGGUCUCUGUGCCGGACUCCCACCCACAGGGGGCGUGCUGACUCCAUAACAGCACAAGAUGGCGGCCCCCCCGGCACACGUGGAGAGGUGAGCAGUCCGGGCCGCGCGGUGUUGGCGGUGUGUGGCGGCCUGGCUGGCUGAGGGUUGUGGGUGUAUUAUCGGGUUAUUCUCUUACAGGUGGCAGUCUGUGUGAUAUAAUAUACUAUACAGGCUGGGCCGCAGCCGGGCUCUGGAGUAAACCUGCUGCCCGGGUUAUAAUUCAGACCGUGUGACUGCUGCCGAGCUCUGUGUAUUGUAUGGAAACCGUGUGGGAGCGAUGGCUUAUAGUGUGUGCACGGAGUCCCCCACAGAGAUCAAUCCAAUACUGUGUUAUAGUGAGCGACAUACUAAGCUAGUUUAAUCUUCCCAUCACAUCACAGAGACACACAUGGGCUCCAUUAACUAAAUCUAAACUUUCCAGAAGUGCUGUGUGGAAUUCCCUGAUUGUCAGGCACACUUCUACCAGUUGAGAAUGAUGGGAGCAUUCUGAAGAGUGGGCCACUCACUCCAUUAAUCUUUUAUAAUCUUGCUGUAAUUAUACAUGAUUGCUGAAUGCGUUAUACUGAUUAACACCUCACUGACUUUCUCAUUGAGCACAUUAGGAGAUAGGGUGCAUGCACUCAGGGCUGCCAUGAGGGGAGAGGAACAGCCUAUACAUAUGUCCCUAUUCCCCCAUAGUCCUGUAAUGUAAAACAUUUCAGCUUUUUAGAAACUGCAAUGUUUACAUUGCAUUGAUAAGAUAGGCACUUACAGGAGUUUACCAUACUUUGGAUUUCUUAAAUGACAUUGGAUGUCUUCUUGCAGUGUCAGUGAAAUCCCCAAAUGAAAGCAUCAAUUCAAUGCUUUUAUAUGGUGAGGGCCCAAUGUGCUUAUUGCGCAUGAGGUCCCCCAGAUUCCAAUAAUGCAGGAGGAGGUAGAGUGCCGAGGACAUAGGUGCUGGAAUCAGGUAAGUAAAAUGGUUUUUAACCCUUUAUGUGCCAUGGGCACACACACACCUGAGGGCAGUAUUGUGUUAUAAAUAUAAGUUUGCAUUCCUCACAUUAUAGAAUCUGUUUCAAGGGACACUGUAGGUUCCAAGACCACUUCAGCUCAUGUCCCUUAACCCUACAGUGAUAAUUAUUGCAGUUUCUGAGCAGCUGCAAUAAUUACCUUUGAGGGUUAACUCCUCUAGUGGCUGUCUACCAGAAGGCCACUAGAGGGACUAACGGAAUCGAAACAGACCUUUGGUCCAUUAUCUGAAGCUGGACGUCCUCACACUCUGCAUGAGGACAUCCAGCGUCAGAUUUUUCCACAUAGGAAAGCAUUGAAUAAUAACGAAUGCUUUCCCAGGGGGAAUUACUAAUGUAAGCUCAUCCAUUGCCGCGCAUGAAUUAGGUCAGCGAGGGAGGCGCAUGGGCGGAGCCUGACCCAGCACCAAUGUCCCUCUGCGCUGGAUUCAGGUAAGUGACUAGAGGGGGGGAGUACACUGCAGGAGCCUAUUGGCACUAUAGAAUCCUUUUAAGAAUGUCAAUGAAACACUCAGCUCUCCCCUCUGCCAAGUCCUCUCUUAUGCAAGCACUGGUGGUCAGAGCAUUUCUGUGAGACUUCACUGCAAUGGUCUGAUUCCACACUGUACUGGGGCUCGAGAGAAGUGUCUCUAGAAUACCCCCAGACCAGGGCCGUCUUUAACCCCUUAAGGACACGUGACAUGUCAUGAUUACUUUUUAUUCCAGAAGUUUGGUCCUUAAGGGGUUAAUAUUGAUUGGACCUUGGUCAAGCAUUUGCUCGGGGACCCUGCCCCUGCAACCUCCCCCCUCACUCCCUGGCAUGCAAUCAAGCCCUCUACCCCAAUGCAGUGACGGACUAAAGUAGAAAUAGCCCUGGUGCAAGAAUUUAUCUAGGCCCCCCAAUCGCAAGGGUGGCCAGAAGGUAGAUCCCUAUCUGUCGUGCAACUCCAGCAAUGCUUUGACAGCUGGUGCUUGCUGGGUUGUAUUUAGCACUGAGCUGUAUUGGUGUGUUUGAAUGUAAGCAUAUUUUUGUAUGGACUAUGUUUGUGUGAAUGUAUGGGUGUGUUUGUAUGUGGCGUUUGAAUGCCAGCAUGCAUUUAUGUGUAGUGUUGGUUUUUGAAUGUAGGGGUGUGUUUUAUAUAUUAUUGGUGUUUAACACAAAAAUGUGUGUUUUGUAUGUAGUGUUGAUGAUGUUUCAGUGCAGUUGUAUGUUUGUUUAUAUGUAGUGUUGAAGUUUGAAUUCAGUGGUGUAUUUGUAUGUAGUGUUGGUGUAUCAAUGCUGAGAUGUAUGCACAUACACUGCCACAUACACACAGAUACGAACUGACACACUGAAACACAUGCAGAUAUACACACUGACACACUUGCAGAUAGAGGCACAUAAACUGACGCAGAUACACUGGUAGACAUACUGAUAUAUACACUGACAGACAUACCAUCUGACACACAUGCAGAUACACUGACACAUAUACUGUCAGGCAUAGACAUGCGCACCGGCAGACAAACUGACACACAGACAUACUUACACACACAGAUACAUAUACAUACUGACAUAAAUACUAACACACACCGAUACACAGGCAGACAUACUGACACAGACAGAAAUACAUGUAAAACUUGCAUUUUUAAACCCACCCUCUAGUUUUCUACCUUUUUCUGGAGGGAGUCUUCCCUGGGGUGUAGUGUGGUGCCUGAGGCUGUUGGGAGUGAGGCUGAUCAGAUUGCAGCCCUGUCAGCAUCAUUGGUGCUGGAGUUUAAAAGCUUGGCCUGGCUAAUGGGAAUUCUUUGCAAGUUUAGCAUUUAUCAGCAUGCUGGUGACAGCCAGCCAAUGGCGGCACAGCAUGGUGUCCUCUUCUUAGAAAUGACCCAUUGUUUGACAGGCUGUACAGAAUUCUGCCCCUUAUCCAACUCCUGUCUGACAAUUUUUCCCAGAAUUAUAUCCCAGACCAAAACAUUUGUAUUGAUUAAUCCCUGAUGAAAUUUAAAGUUAGACUGCUUUUUAUACAAUAUAUCCCAACAAAGUGGUCACGAUCUGUAAUUAAAUUCUAUAAAUUAUGCAAAUACACUAUUGACUACACAUGAGCAUUUCAGAUUUAUCAAGGAAAUAAUGGCCAUCUUGACCCAUCAGCAUGCUCUCAUUCUGUGGGCACAAAUAGCAAGAUUGUGUGAAAAUCUGCUCCUUCCCUUGUUAAAUAAAGGUUAUAAUCUACGGGUUGAUAAUUUUUAUAUCAGUAUUGAUUUAUUUAAAAUAUAUAUAUUUUGUUUUCAAACCUUAGUAUGUGGCACAGUGUGUAAAAAACACAGAGGUUUUUCCCCAAACCCUGACAAUGGCAAAAACAGUAGAGGCUCCUCUUCAGCUCUACACCAGGAUGAAGUGCUGGCUCUUCUGUACACAGAUGAGAAAACUGUGUACAUGCUGUCUACAAUGCACCACAAAAGUACAGUGCCACUGUCUGCCAGGGGAAGAACUGAGCAGCUGGAAAAAACAAAAUGCAUUAUAUAAUACAGCAAGUAUAUGGGGGAGUAGAUUUGGCUUGUCAAUGUAAACAGACUUAUUUAGUCAACUGGAAAACUAGGUGUUGGUGCAAGAAAAUUGCAUUCUAUUUAAGCCAGGUUAAAAUUGUUAAUUACUGUGUGCUGUAUAAAAAAACAGUCAUAGGCAAGUGAUACCCAUUUCUAGAUUUUAAGGUAAAAUGUUGGUCCGAUAUUUUAUUUACUCAGUCCCCCAAUGAUCCCUUUUUGGAAUCAGAGAAUGUCCACAGACUUUGUGGCAAGCACUUUCCUCCCCGAUUCCCUCUCACACCCUUUAAAAGGUUACCAUAGAGAAAGUGUUACAUUUGCUACAAAGGAGUUGGAAAGGACUCAAGUUAUUACCACCCUUCCUGCACAUCUUGAGCAGCCCUCUGGAUAACAGACUGUAUCAGAGUCUACCAUACAGAGUUGAACAAUUGAAUUACUUUGUAUGUGACUGAUUAUUCUGGCUUUCUGACUUAUUGAAUUGUUAUACUGACUUCUUGACUUUGCCUUCCCUGACUUUGGCCUGUCCCUGUUUACUUUAAGCCCAGUCGUUCCAAAGUGGCUAUAUAAAACAACUCAAAAUACUUAAUUUUGAAUACUUGUUAAAGUAGUAUGCCAUCAUGAGGAUGAUUUUUCUUUCUUAGGAUGCCUUGUACUGGGCUUUCUUUUUUCCUGGGCUACAUACUGCUUCAAAGGCAACGUAGGCCCAGAAAAUCACUUUGUCAAUUUUACAAGUUGAAAAAAAGCAUCUAAUAUGUUUGGCCCUGUGACUUCCCAAAGAAACUGGAAAACUGGUCAGGGCUGGUCUUUGGGAUGUGUGAGCUAUACCGUCACACAGGGCGCCAGGUGGCUGAAAUAGCUCCCACACGCAGGGGCCAGCAAUGCAGUGCUUCAAAAAAAGACAGCCUCAAGUCACAUAGCGGGAAUGGAGCUAAAUGGAUAGUGGGUCUGAGCUAAUCAGGGAGUGAGCGGAAUUAAACGCGGCCUGAACCCAUUGCCUGGGUUGCAUGCUUCCCCAACUACUACACACUAGGUGGGUGGGUGUGUACACACUGUCUGCCUGUAACUGUGUGUAAAAGGUAGAGAGUCACACAAAGUAAAACAAAAAGGCCAGUGUUUGCAUUAAAAAGCCUACAGGUACAGGCUAUUGACACAUCUAUGACUAAGCCGUAGUGGUUCUGGUGACUAUAGUGUCCCUUUAAUAAGUGCAUUUUCUCGUUGAAAAUUAAGCUUUAACACAAAAUGGAAAUGCUAACUUUUUUAGCUGGCUCAUAGAUUCCAAACAAAUUUGUAAAGCCCUGUUAAUAAAAAAAUAUUUAAUAAUGCCCCCUAUUUAUGUAUGGCCAGGGUAUACUUGAAAACGAAAGAAAUCUCAAUGUAUUUUUCCUGGUAAAAUAUUUUAUAAAUAAUUUAAACACUACACUACACUAAACACACACUGUAUGGAUGAGCAGUUGUAAACAGUGACGGACGCUGUGAAGAGUUUUCGCACAGGGCGGGUAAAUGGCGAAUAAAUAAACAACUGAUGUUAUUUCAUGUCAAUAAGCUCCUGUGUUUAUUUACUUUUUCUGGCUAUUCUCAACCAAUCUACACCUUUCACUUUCAGGCCCAUAUUCUGCUAUUUAUGACACCCCACUCACCUCCUUCCCUCUCCUUCUCUAACAUUAGUUGUUUUCAGCGUUUAAACUAUUUCAGAUUGAUCAGUAUUGCUUCAGAUCUAAGAAAGAGAGGAAAACACUUGAAAGUUUUCUUUUAAAUAUUAAGUUUGUCUAAUAAAAAAAUAUCAUUGCAUACUGCAAUACUCUGGUAUUUGGCAUAUUAAUAUAUAUAUAUAUAUAUAUAUAUAUAUAUAUAUAUAAAAAUAUAAUAUACAUUCAUGCUACGUGUAUAUGUUUAAGCAUAAUUAUAUGGUUUUACAUAUUAUGUAUUGGGAAAUUGCUGACAACCCAGUCAGCUCCCUUGCAGGGAAUCUGACAAUCAUGGUGUCAUCGCGAUCACAUAACACGUAUGUGUGCGAUUGGCUGGGAUGUCAGGCAGUCUCCAUGGACUCCACGGAGGGUAAGUAUCCGAACGGGAGGAGGGCAUGAUUGUUGGGGUGUGCCUUGCUGGCAUAUGUAGUUAAAGCCCUCCUUUUGUAGGACCGCACAGCACGCCCUUUGUUGGGAAGGGGUUAAUGAGCCAAGUGUAAAGUAAGUUAAGAUCUAAAUUUAAAAUGGUGAGUUGUGACUAGUGCUACAUAAACAGAAACAAAAGUGAUUGCCUAAAUGGCACAGAAUUAAACAGUGAGAAUGUAAGGGCAUGAUCUAUAGUAUACAGUAUAAGAGCAGGGCCCUCACUCCCUCUUCCUUUGAAUCCAUCUUGUCUGGUUACAAUUACGUGUCUGUUAGUCCACCCAUUGUACAGCGCUAUGGAAUUUGCAGGCGCUCUAUAAAAUAGUAAUAAUAUAACUGCUUUAUUAAGCUAAAGUUGCUUUGAUGCCUAUAGUGUCCCUAAAAUAUUCAAUUUGAUUUAUUGUGCACUAUAUUUUCUUUUUUUUAUAGUGAUCUCAAUGAAAGUUAUGAAGGUUUCAUUGUGAGAAAACAGGAACUGUCCCCCCAUGAAUGUAACGAACUUGAGGAAGAUAGUGAUGAAGGAGAACUGGAUGAAGAUGAUGAUUGGUACUGGGAUGAAACCAGCACAAAUCUUACCAAAUGCUAUUCAGCCACAAGAAGGUGCAAUCCACAGGUACCCAAUGUUUUCUUAGUAAAGCAGGAAAUACGUGAAGCAACGUCUUUUUAUCAGGGAAAAAGUAUAUCUCUACAAAGUGCUUUGUGUGACUGGUGCAUUCCUUUUAAUAUGGGUAAAUGUAAAAAUGUCUAUCCGAUAUCUCUCUAGCCAUUGGUAAAUGAUCAUAGAAACAUAGAAUGUGACGGCAGAUAAGAACCCUUCGGCCCAUCUAGUUUGCCCAAUUUUCUAAAUACUUUCAUUAGUCCCUAGCCUUAUCUUAUAGUUAGGAUAGCCUUAUUCCUAUCCCACGCAUGCUUAAACUCCUUUACUGUGUUAACCUCUACCACUUCAGCUGGAAGGCUAUUCCAUGCAUCCACUACCCUCUCAGUAAAGUACUUCCUGAUAUUAUUUUUAAACCUUUGUCCCUCUAAUUUAAGACUAUGUCCUCUUGUUGUGGUAGUUUUUCUUCUUUUAAAUAUAGUCUCCUCCUUUACUGUGUUGAUUCUCUUUUUAUAUAUUUAAAAGUUUCUAUCAUAUCCCCCCUGUCUCGUCUUUCUUUCAAGCUAUAAAUGUUAAGAUCCUUUAACCGUUCCUGGUAAGUUUUAUCCCGCAAUCCAUGAACCAGUUUAGUAGCCCUUCUCUGAACCCUCUCUAAGGUAUCAAUAUCCUUCUGAAGAUACAGUCUCCAGUAUUGUGUACAAUACUCCAAGUGAAGUCUCACCAGUGUUCUGUACAAUGGCAUGAGCACUUCCCUCUUUCUACUGCUAAUACCUCUCCCUAUACAACCAAGCAUUCUGUUAGCAUUUCCUGCUGCUCUAUUACAUUGUCUGCCUACCUUUAAGUCAUCAGAAAUAAUCACCCCUAAAUCCCUUUCCUCAUAUGUUGAGGUUAGGACUCUAUCAAAUAUUCUGUACUCUGCCCUUGGAUUUUUACGUCCAAGAUGCAUUAUCUUGCACUUAUCCACAUUAAAUGUCAGUUGCCACAAUUCUGACCAUUUUUCUAGUUUACCUAAAUCAUUUGUCAUUUGGCUUAUCCCUCCUGGAACAUCAACCCUGUUACAUAUCUUAGUAUCAUCAGGAAAAAGACAUACCUUACCAUCAAGACCUUCUGCAAUAUCACUAAUAAAAAUAUUAAAGAGAAUGGGUCCAAGUACAGAUCCCUGAGGUACCCCACAGGUGACAAGUCCAUGCUUAGAAUAUAUUCCAUUAACUACAACCCUCUGUUGCCUGUCACUCAGCCACUGCCUUACCCAUUCAACAAUAUUGGAAUCCAAAAUUAAAGGACCACUAUAGUGCCAGGAAAACAUAUUCGUUUUCCUGGCACUAUAGUGCCCUGAGGGUGCCCCCACCCUCAGGGUCCCCCUCCCGCCCGGCUCUGGAAAGGGGUAAAAACUUACCUUUUUCCAGCGCUGGGCGGAGAGCUCUCCUCCUCCUCUCCGCCUCCGAUCCUCCCCGCCGGCUGAAUGCGCACGCGCGGCAAGAGCUGCAUGCGCAUUCAGCCCGUCGCAUAGGAAAACAUUUACAAUGCUUUCCUAUGGACGCUUGCGUGCUCUCACUGUGAAAAUCACAGUGAGAAGCACGCAAGCGCCUCUAGUGGCUGUCAAUGAGACAGCCACUAGAGGGUUAGGGGGAAGGCUUAACCCAUUCAUAAUUAUAGCAGUUUCUCUGAAACUGCUAUAAUUAUGAAAAAAUGGGUUAACCCUAGCUGGACCUGGCACCCAGACCACUUCAUUAAGCUGAAGUGGUCUGAGUGCCUAGAGUGGUCCUUUAAAGAUUGCAGUUUAUUGAUAAGCCUUCUAUGUGCAAGAGUGUCAAAAGUUUUUGAUGACAGUGUUUGUUUAAUGCCAACAGAGCAAUAAAGUGUGACUUGUCAGGAUAUUAAACUGAAUUUCAAAUUCUAAACCAAAAUAAUCGAACUGCAGGUAAAGUUGAAUUGGAGAAUAUUUCCAAUUCAGCUAGUUUGAUUUUUAGAUAAAAUUCUAUAAAAUUAUUUUUACUGCUGCUAUGUUCCAUGCUGACAUUAUAUACAAACUUACCUUCAACUUAUCCAAUUUUAGCAAUGUAUUUUUUUAUUUUUUUUUCAGGCUAAUCGUCAGGGAAUGCAGGGUGCUUCCACCAAAGCCUAUACAAUGACAGACAAAGUGUUGCAAAAAUAUGAACAUAAAAUUAAUUUAGGUGAGUUUAAAUUGUAAAGGAUUUUAUCAUGGCACAGAUUUUCUGUUUUUAAACUCAAGAAUAACCUGGUGAUUUAGAAAACUUUCUAAACGUUACUUAAUUUUACAAAUUAUUCUUUAUAGAAUAUUUACAUUCCUUGAGAUGUUAAUUAUCUGCAAAUCUGUCAGCAAAAGACCAGCUUUCUCUAUAAUUUACUAGUUGUGACACUUAAUUCCAGGUCAUUUGCAGUUAGCUUAUCUGUCUCCAGCUUGUCGCCUUUAACAUCAUUCUUGGUCAGAUUGCUUCUAAUUGAUGCUUCUUAGUGAUGUGUUCAAACCAACCUAGCCUUGCCUACCUGUGCUCUAUAAUGGUACUGUAAUACGGUCUAGACUGUAUGAAGACUGGUCUAUAGUGGUGUUAGGGCAGCCCCCUCUUUUUCUUCCAAAUAUGGAUUACAUUUCAAUACACAAUACCAACUAAGCAUUGUUUGUCUAUUGUGCUGCUAUGUCAAUUUUUACUCUAAAUGGCACUACAUUUGAGGUUCCAUAUUAAGCACUAAACUCCAAACUGCAGAAAAUUGUAAUAGAAAUUGCAAAAUGUAGGCAAAAGUAGCUAGCUGGUUUGGAGACCUCGUUAACUUUACUAUAAUCAUAGCUUGAUUAUUUGUCUUAAGCUUUGCCAUUCAACUUUCAAUUGCAGUUCUGAUUUUAAUGAAUUAAUGCAUAUGUUCUAUAUAAGCUUAUUAUUAUUGUUUUGUGCAAUGCAAGCAUAAGCCAAUCACGUUGAAAAGGACAUGGCGUCUCUCAGUACAUCUAAGUGGGUCAGAAUCCAAUAGGUGGGGACAGUCAAGUUCAAGGGGUAGAGUUUAAUGAAAUACCAUCAUGAAACUUCACCAGCCUUCACUAGUUUAUUUCACAGUCCUAAAGUGAGCAGUUAAGUUCGGGAAAAACUUAUUUAAAAUACAAAUAAAUUUAGUCAUGUAACUAAGAUGCCAGAAUAGCCUGAAUUACGGAUUUGGUUUUUCUUUAUAUCAACAGAUUAAUUAAAAGAGGACAACUUAUUCUUUAGUAUUUUACUAUGCAAUACAAACUUUUUUUAUUUUUUUUUAUUUUUUUUUUUUAUUUUUUUUUUAACCCAAUUCUUUUGCAACAAUAUGGAUAAUGGGCAGUUUUUACAGAAGUUUUUUUUACUCCCCAAAUAAGUGGGUUUUCCCAGCAAGACUCUAUAAAGAUUUUUUUUUUUUCCUAAAGACAUUUUAUUGUUUUAAUAAUAUAGAAUAACAUGGCAGGUGUUGGAGUUGCUUUUCCAAAAACCAUAUUGAAUUUGCAUUUAAAAAAUUACAUAAUAUGUAAGAACAAAUAACUAAAAUAUUCUAUAGUUAACAAAUAAUUAGAACAAUAUUUAUAUUAUACAGUUAAGGUUGAGUUGGAUCCUUCAAGCUUUAAUGGAAGAAAAGAGUAGGGGGUUCUUUUUAAUGUUAUCUGGCAAUUGCUAGAAGGAUGUAUGAAAUUCAUUGGUGAGAUGGACUUCAGGACAGAGUUGCUGCGUCAAAAAAUAAUUGGAGCCACAUACAGCCCUACGACACGAGAGAAUUAACUGCACCAACAACCAUUGAGACUGUGACGAUAGCAAAACCUAAGCAUACAACCCUAGGCUAACAGAGGAGCAAAUAGCAACACAACAUCUGCACACUGUUAACCCGAAAGGUAAACUACUAAAGACAACCAUCCUAAAAUUGGUAAUGAUGACUUACAAACCAGCUUUUGAAGGCCGUAAACAAGAUACAUACCUUGCCAAGAGACCUGCGAGUCUCCCAAUUAAAGCUUCCGCAGAGAUCUGCAUAUCUCAAAAUACUGUAUGCUCCUACAAACAUCAGAAACCUGCGUGUUUCACACUGUUUACCGACUAAAUGCUUGUUACAACAUGGAAAACAUCUUAAAAAGAUUUACCAAAAAAAAAAAAAUUGAGAACAUAUCAUGUUCUGAAAUAAAGUCAAAAAGCAUGGUGAUAUCUCACAGCUAUGUUAUAUUAAACAUGUAGAGCAUGUUAUGACCCAGAUUGAAUCUGGGUUGCUGCAGCUGUCAGAGCCACACUCACUCUUUUUCUGUGGCAUCUGUGUUUUCUUAAUAUUUCAUUGUUCAAUAUAAAUAUGUAUGUUUAUAUUUUAUGCAACCUAAUGAAUUCUGUGUCUAUUUUCAGAAGUUUGUUAAUGUGAAUUGUUCACUAGUAUUGUACAACUAUUCGUUCUAUUGAACUUGGCAAAAUGUGUAAAAAAUAAAUAAAUUAUUCUUUAUCUAUACAACAUUGAGCUAAAUUACUGUGUUCUGUCUUUCAGGUAAACUAAAUCUUUCGGAUUCUGUGAUGAAUAAAGUCACUGAAAAAUCUAGGCACAACGAUGCAGAUACGUGAGUCUACCCUUUUACUACUUAAACCUAUAAUAUUGUUCUCAAGGAUUAGACCCCUUUUAAUGUUGCACAUUUAGGGUUAAAUUGUCAGAAGAACUGAUUUGAAUAGAAACAGUGAGCGCACCUUAUUGUAUUGAUUGAAAAAGAUUACUUGGAUUGAAAAAUAGAUAUUGAGCACACCUUGAAUGCUAGAAUGCACAUUGGGGGAAAACAUCUAUAAGGUGUGCAAGUAUCUGUUUCUAUUCAAUUAAUCAUCCAAACAUGAAAUUAUUGACGGUACAGUCCUUAUUCUUUUUGUGUAGCAGGGCUACUUCCAUUUCCUGCUUGAGUGAAAUAAUAGUACCAUCUAUGAUGGAUGUGCAAAUCACAAAUGCCCUGUAAGUAGUAAAACUGUUAAGCCGGACUUGCACUAGUAGGUGCUUCUAGCUCAGAGCUGAAGAGACGUGGGGGAGCUACAACUGGUAGACCCCAGGUAGGAGUUCAAAUCAUUGUAAAAAGAUUUGACUGCUUACAUUUGGUAGGCACAAGGGCAUUCCUUGAACCAUAAUCACUACAGCAUGCUUGGAGUAUUCCUUUAAAACAAUACUAAGCAGGGUGCUGGAGGUGAUUCUAGUUUGUACAAUUUACAUUAUCUACAUCAAGAUACACCAUCAGUGACUCUCUUCACUUCACUAUUUGUGUAGUAAUUUUUCAUCAUCAUUCAUCAAUUAUUUCGCUUGAGAACUUGUGCAGAUCCUGAGAAGGGGCUCUCGGACCUUCCAACCCUCUCAGCUGAGAACAAUAUCAUAGUGUUGACGGGUUUUUCGUUUUUAUGUUUUCCUCUCAAAUACACUAUUUGGCCUAAAUUCAUUUUAUUUAACUAUCACCUCAUCAAAGCUUCAUUUUCUUAAGGCUCUUAUUUUCUUUAGGAAGAGAGUUUUUGAAGAAAUGAAAUUGUUUACAUAAUCUUUCUCUUGUUUAUUAUCAGAUAUCGAGUUAAAGAUAAAUCUGACAGAGCAACUGUGGAACAGGUUUGUAUGUUUUUAUUUUAUACCAAUAAGGUUUAUUCUAUUGCUCUACUUGUGCUAAUGGUUAAUUUUCACUCCAUGAAUUUUCAAUUUAUUGUUUUUACCUCCAUAUUUCUAUGGAGGUUUGGAGUUGCAGUAGUUUCUUAAUAGGGCAGAAUGUUAAAAGUGAGCAAUUGGCAUGGGGCAGUUGGGAUCAGCUGGUACGUUCUAUUUCUGAUUGCUCUACUUAUACAACAUUGCACUACUGGAUAAUUUUUAGUCCUUAGUAAAAUGCUAGUUUAGUCUAAUACAAAUUGUGCAAUUUUACACCUUUUGGUUUAUUACCAUGCAUUUAGUUAAAAAAUGUUUCUGAAUUACGUAGAGAACAUGUAUAACUUUGUAAUAGAAAUGUCUCUAUGUGGAUACAAUCGUCUCUUUCAGAAUAACACAAUAGUCUGUGAUAUGUGAGCUGUUACAGCUAUUUCCUGUUAUGAUCAAACUGGAAUGUUUAGCUGAAUAAGCUGAAUUGAUAUAGUACAAAAUUAUAUAUAUAGGCAAGUGUUGCAGUGUAAUAUACAAUUAAAUGUACUUAAUAUAUAAUAUAGUAGUGACUAACAGAUCAUAGUUGAUGAUCUGUAGUUUAGUAGAUAAGUUCCGUAUUUUUCUCAGAAAGUGAAACGAAAUCCGAGGUGCUGUGUGCAUUGAAAUCCAUUUAUUGAAUCAAAUAAAAGAGAAAAGGAUGUGCACUUACAAUAAUGCAAAUAAUCUAUAUGCUUAACUGGAAUCUGGAGAGUCCGGCGUUUGCAGCUUGUUCUUUUCGGUCCGCCGGCAGAUGAAUGGACCUGUUGAUAGCCGCGUGCGUGUCACCGAUCUCCAUGCGUUCCAAGUGAAGCCCGGUCUUCUUUGCGAUAGGUGCCACAAAGUGAUAAAGUCCUUACGCGUUUCGUGAGUGCAAUGCUCACUUCAUCAGAGGAUAUUGAGCAAGAGAAGCCCACGGGUUUAAAUAGCCGGUUGCUGCUUUGGCUUAUAUUAACCCUUUGAGGCUUAAGUCCAUACUUGCUCUAGUGAUUAAAAUUGUUUUAAUAGUGUACACAUAUAAUCUUUUUGAUAAACUCAAUCUUUAAAAAAUACAUUUCAUAAUAUAAACAGAUUUUUAUAAGAAAAAAUUAUAAGAAAUUAUUAGAAAAUUUAAUACAUCAUUAAAAAAUACUUCAUUAAAAAAUAAUAUAGUAUAAUGAUAUUUACAUAUAGUAACAUAUUAAAAAACAGUAACAUAAAUCCUUUAAAAAGAUGUGCAAAAAUUGUACAAAAUAUAAAUGUACAAAUAGAAAUAAAGACUUCUAAUUUGGAGAGAAACUUCAUCAAUAGUAUGGAGAUGGACAAUAAAAAAGGAUAAAAAUAAAUAUAUUUGUGUGAAUACAGAAUAUUAUUUUAAAAGUAAAAAUUUUUAAAUAAAAACAUGUUUAAGAAUAAAAAGAUAAAAAAUUUAAAAAAUGUGAUAAUUCUAUAGGAAUGCUCGCAACUCAAAAUCCACAUUAAGUCCUUUUGGUUCUAAUGUAUCUAGUUUGAAUAUCCAGCUUGCUUCUGCUUUAUCUAAUUCUUUAUUUAAAUCGCCUCCUCUCCAUGGGGUGUUUACUUUUUGUAUUGCCAUAAAUGUAAGGCCUCCAGGAUUUCUCAUAUGUAUAACAUCAAAGUGUUUUGAGAGAUUGUGUGAGUGAAGUUCAUUUUUAAUAUUCCUAAUAUGUUCUCCCAUUCUUGUUUUAAAUGCUCUUUUAGUGCGCCCUAUGUAUAGUUUCUCACAGGGGCAUUUUAACAAAUAAAUUACGCCAGUGGUGUUACAUGUUAGUUGUGAUUUAAUUUUAAAUAAAUCUUGUGUUUGGGGAUGAGCGAAUUGUGUUGUUUUGGUUGGUUGAUUUGGAUUAUUUUUGCAAGCUUGGCAUCUUCCACAUUUCCAAAAACCUGAAGAUUUUUUUGGAAUGAUGUUGGUAUUUUCUUGUGAUUUUUCUUGUUUGGUGGUAGGGGCUAGUAGUAGACUUAAAUUUGGAGCUCUGGAGUAUAUUAUCCUAGGCUUAUUUUCUAGUAUUAGAUCUAAUUGAGGAUCACCUUUUAGUAUGCUCCAAUUUUUUUUGUAAAAUUUUUUUGAAUUCCUGAGUGUGAUUAUUAUAUCUGGUUAUAAACGCCGGAGCUUCUGAAUUGGUGUUAGUAGUUUUUGAUUUUGUUGCUAAAAUUUGUUCUCUUGUCAAGCUUGAGGUUUUGGAUAGGGCUUCAUUGAGUAUGUUUGUUGAAUAGCCUUUAGCUUGAAAUUGUGAUAACAUGUUUGUAGUUUGUUCAUCACAAAUAUUGGGUUCUGAACAAUUUCUUUUAAUUCUCCUAAAUUGGCUAAAUGGAAUAUUGUUAAGCCAACUUUUUUUAUGAAAACUGUUGUGGGGGAUAAAGCUAUUACAUGCUACCACUUUCCUAAAUGUUUUAGUUUCUAAUUUGUUAUUCUUGACAUAGAUUUCUAAGUCCAAAAAUUCCAGUUUUUCUGUGGAUUGAUUUAACGUGAAUUUAAGAUUAUAAGGGUUAAAAUUCAGGUCUUCUUUAAAAUUUUCAAGUGUUGCAGUAUCUCCUUUCCAAAUAAAAAAUACAAUCGUCAAUAUAGCGAUGCCAUGAGACCAGAUUUGCGCCAAAUGGGUUAUUGGACCAUAUAUGUUCGUCUUCCCAUUUACCCAUAAAUAGGUUUGCAUAACUUGGCGCAAAUCUGGUCCCCAUGGCUGUGCCCUCUAUCUGGAGGUAGUAACGUUGAUUGCCCGAAAAAUAGUUAUGGCUGAGUAUAAAGGCUACACAUUUGACAAUGUACUCAAUUUGAUCAUUUUUUAGUUCUGAAUAGGUUGCCAGCAUAUAUUGGAUGGCCUCGCAUCCCUGUAGAUGUUCAAUGACAGUAUACAGGGAUGUGACAUCAGCUGUAACUAAAAUAAAAUCUUUGUCCCAUUGGAUAUCUUAUAAAAUGGGAUCGUAAUUUUGGAACAAUGGUUUGGAGAAAUUGGUCAACGUAUUCGGAUAGGUUGGACGUUAAAGACCCAAUGCCAGAAAUAAUGGGCGUCCUGGUGGUUUUAUUAGAGUUUUAUGAAUUUUUGGCACGUGAUAGAAUAUUGCCAUUCUUGGGAAUUUGCAAUAUAAAUAGUCAUAUUCCUUUUUGUUUAAAAUACCUCUCUCUUUUCCUUCUCCUAAUAAUAUCUGUAAUUCUUUUUGAAACUCCUUAGUGGGGUCAUUGAUUAAGAUCUGAUAUGUUUGGGUAUCUUGGAGGAGUCUGAUAUUUUCCGCUCUAUAAUCUGUUGUAUUUAGCACUACCAGGCCUCCUCCUUUGUCUGCCCCUCUUAUAGUGAUUUGUUCAUCGUCCAUAAGUCUUUUAAAGGCCCUUCUCUCAUAUUUAGUGAGAUUAUCUUUGGUAUUUUCUUUUAAUUUUAAUGUUCUAAGAUCCUUCUCCAUAUUUUUCUCAAAAACUCUAAUAUGGUCUGUUUUAACCUGUUCAGGGUAAAACAUGGAUUGAGGAUGUAAUGAAGUGUGCUGAUAUUGAUUAGUACAAGAUGGUGUUUGACAUUCUUUCUCAAGAAAAAUUUUUUUGAUGGUAAGUUUUCUAAUUUAUGUAAAUCUAUAAAAAUGUCAAAUUGUGAAUUUGUAGAGCUAGGGGCAAAUUUGAGCCCUUUUUGAAGGAGAGAAAUCUCAUCUUUAUUUAAUACUUUUUGGGAUAGAUUAAACACAUUGGUUUGAUUGUCAUCUAAUUGUGAUAGUGGUGUUUUUGUAUUUCUCCGUCUUGUUCUUUUCUUUGUCUUCUUUUGGGGGAUGGAGAUUCUCUCCAUUUGGAUAUUUGUUCUCUUGUUGUUUUUCUGUUUUGUUGAAUUGGUGAUUUUUGAGUAUUUAGUACUUCUUCUGGUUCCCUCGAUGGUAUCCUUGUCCGUUUUCUCCCCAAGACGGUCCCUAAAAAAGGUGAAGUGGGAGUAUCUAUUUGGUGGUGUUGGACCUGUUUGAAUGAUUUUGGUGAUGAAUUUUGUUUUCUAAAUGUGACCUUUGACUUGGGCGAUACAAAUGGUCUAGAAGAUAGAAAGGAUUCUAUAUGUUUAUGUGAGGUUUGGGAUAAUGGUUGAUUCCACUGAUUAGAAUGCUGUCGCUGUGUGUAUUGAUAUGAUUGUGAUGAGUUUCUCUGGUUGUAAUUUCGAUAUGUUUGGUUUCUUGGUCUGGUUUCUUGAGAUUGGUUAUGGUAAAAAGAUUUAUGGUUGGUUUCUUUUCUGUGAUAGUAUGUUUGUUUGUUUUCUCCAAUUUCUUUGUCUUCCUAAAUCAUAAUCUUCCUUAUCUCUCGUGAGUUUUUUGUAUUUGGUUGUUUUGACUUGAAUUUCCAGAUCUUUUACUCUUCUUUCUAUUUUGUCUAGUAGUUCUGCAUAAUUGCCUUUUUCUACUUCUGGAAUUAAUUUUUCUUUCAUUUCUCUUAUAUCUUUGUCCAUUUGUCCAUUUGUUCUAGUUCUUUUUUCUUUUCAUUUAUAAGAAAUAUCAUCAGUAGUAGAGAACCUUUGUCUAGGAGUUGGUCCCAUUUAGUAAGUAGAUUGACAUCGUCUUUUUUAUAGGCUAUUCUGAAAGAGACGAUUGUAUCCACAUAGAGACAUUUCUAUUACAAAGUUAUACAUGUUCUCUACGUAAUUCAGAAACAUUUUUUAACUAAAUGCAUGGUAAUAAACCAAAGGUGUAAAAUUGCACAAUUUGUAUUAGACUAAACUAUCAUUGUCUUCUAUAAGUUAUUUACUAUCUGCGCCAUACAUUGCCAAUUUAAAGGAAUACCACUCCUGAAAUUUAUUGGAUUUUAUCUGAUAUUUUAUUUUUUCAUUGCACUUAAAGGGACUUUUUAGUGGAGCCCUUUUUUCAGUUGAAGGGUUUUUCCUUUAGCCACAUUAUAUACUCUUACAUUAAGGUCCAUAUUUGGACCUUAUUUUACUUUUUUCCUUAGUAAAAUGCUGACUUGCCAGUAACCUGUGUAUUAGACAGCCAAUUUACAACUUCAUAUGUGAGGAUAUCCUUUUGUUUACAGGUUUGAAAUAUAAAUGCUGGAUCUCUGUUUAGUUAACUGCUUUAAUUACGGGGUUUAACGAUCUAUUUGUUUGUAAGGUUUUGGAUCCAAGGACUCGGAUGAUUCUCUUCAAGAUGCUUACAAGAGGUGUUAUAUCAGAAAUUAAUGGUUGUAUCAGCACAGGAAAAGAGGCAAGUUACUCAUCAAGUUGUGUUUGACUUUCUUUUUCUGUAUCCUCAUGGUUUGAACCAUGAAAUACAAAGUCAGCAAGGUUAUUCACUGGGAUGGGAAUUUUAGAGAAUAAGCAGGGAAUUAAAUUUUUUGGACUAAAAUAGCAGAGCUUGAGAAUGUUUGUUUGUUUCCUGUAUGUCCAUUCUGGUCAAAAAUGGUGCAAUUCCCCUGUCUAGUGCUUUUGAAUUCCUUUGCUCACUAUGAAUCAAUAAAAAAAUUAAAAGAAAAUGUGUAGAGCCUUAAGGUACAACACUUUUAUAGGGUAGAAUGUAGAAAAAUGGGGGAUAAAUAGUGAAUUGCAAUAUUGAAAAAAAUACAAAAAGGGUACAUUACUACCUACAUAGUGUUAAAUGUCUUAAAUGAGUGAUAAAAUAUAACUUUAAAUAUAUAUUAUUUAAAAUAUCAAAAAGUAGAAAAAAAUAGCAAAAAGGAAGUGAAGAUAAAAACAAUAUAGGAGAAAGUUCUUUGCUGCUUUUACAGUUGUAUCUUAAACUAUGGUUCGUUAUGAUUUAACAUGACUAAUAUAGCCCCCUGAAUUAUGUGCUCAGUGGAUUAGGGCUGAAGUACAUACUGCACAUGACAUAUAUCAUAAGAUUCAGCUAUUUGAUAACACUGUGUAGAAUGGGAAGCAAGGGGUUACUGCGACUUGUUUUCUUAAUCGGAGUAUAGUAGCCAAUAAUGAGGCAAGUAUUUAGCAAUAAAUUGCUGCUAGUGUUACUAUGAGGGUAUGGUUGCCGUUAUACAGGCUUCUUGCAAAGCAAAGUGUUGGUUGCUAAUAAUUCACGUUGCUCUAUCUUUAUAUAAUUAUGCAGAAUUCAUGCAAAGAGACUGUGACAACCAUACAAGAUAGAUACAAAGAAGUACAAAGUAUUUAAACAAUGAAUUACUGUUACUUAGUGAUAUUUUAGUCUCAUAACAGGUACUGUACUAAUAAGGAGCUCUGAACGCAUAUUAGGCACAAUAGCAGUGCCGGCUCUUUACAAACCGCUCGGACCAACGGCAUAACCGACACUAUUGUCUCACAGUGUUCAGUCUCAUAAGAGAUUCCCAUAUCGCAUGGGAAAUAUUUUCCUCUUUGCUAUACCCCUUUUUUACUUUAUUUGUAUUUUUCAAUUCUUAAGGGGGGUUCAGGGUAGGCUUUUUGCUAAGGGGUGCCCUCGUAGUCACUAGUGACAAACCAUCUUGAUAGUAUGUUUUCUGUGAGGGGGGUAUUACUUCAGAGCAGACUUUUUGUUAAGGGGUGCCCUCGAAGGCACUAGUGACUUAUUAAUUAGUUAUUUCCUUCUGUGCAGUUUUAUCGUAAUUAUUAUUUUUUCCUUUUGUAUCCUCAUUAUUUUUUUAUUUAGGAGCAUGGGUGGUCUCGAAUACUCUCCCUGCUCUCCUUAUUAGUACAGUACCUGUUAUCAGACUAAAGUAACAGUAAUUCAUUGUUUAAAUACUUUGUACUUCUUUGUAUCUAUCUUGUACGGGUGUCACAGUCUCUUUGCUUGAAUUCUGCAUAAUAAUUAUAUAUAGAUAGAGCAACGUGAAUUAUUAGCAACCAACGGUCUUACACUUUGCUUUGCAAGAACCCUGUAUAACGGCAACCAUACCCUCAUAGUAACAUUAGCAGCAAUUUAUUGCUAAAUACUUGCCUCAUAAUUGGCUACUAUACGCCGAUUGAGAAAACAAGUGGCAGUAACCACUUCCUUGCCAUUCUGUUUUUUCCCCCUUAUCAUUCUACAGAUUAUGUUAAACCACUACUAUAUACUACAGUGUUAUCAAUUAGCUGAACGAUAUGUCAUGUACAAUAUGUACUUCAGCACUAAUCCACUAAGCACAUAAACUACGGUUCAUUAUGAUUUAACGUGACUAAUAUAGCCCCCUGAAUUAAGUUACAACUGUAAAAGCAGCAAAGACCUUUCUCCUGUAUUGUUUUUAUCUUCACUUCCUUUUUGUUAUUUUUUUCUACUUUUUGAUAUUUUAAAUAACAAUAUAUAUUAAGUUAUAUUUUAUCCUUCUCAUUUAAGACAUUUAACACUAUGUAGGUAGUAAUGUUGUACUUUUGUUUUUUUCCCAACAUUGUCCUUUGCUCACUAUGUUCCCCAAAAGUCUUCAAUACACACACACACACGCAAAACACUAUUUUUUUUAUUUUAUAUUCACUAAUAGUACAGAUUUCAAUAGAUAUUGCACUUUUAUGAAUUAACCUUGUUACACCCCCUGACUGUCAAUCAGACAACCAGUUAUGUAACUUCCUAGUAGUUUAGCUCAGUGGAGAUAACUCAAGAGACAGGCAAGUGCCCAGAGCACCUGCCUUGCAAAAAACUAUCUAUGAGCUGCAUUGGGAAGUCUGUGAUUGGAUAGCCACAGAAUUUCUGGGCUUAGGUAGAAGGAGAGGGCUUGCAAAUGCUGAAGACAAAAGACCUGCAGCUUUUGCACUCUAUUCUUAGAUACACCCAAUGAAAAAAUGUAUAAUUAAAUGCAUGCAUGUUUUCACUUUAGGUGUAUCUACUAAAUUGUUAAAUUUAAAUAGUUUUAUUUCCAUUUGAGUUUCCAUUAAUGGUUCUUUACAGAACUCCUGUUCUCCUCUUGCAUUUUUAUCGCUCAGUUUAUUGUAAGUACAUGUAAUAUUUCUUACGUGAACAAUUUUCAUUACUUUUACAAGUAUAAAAAUGUGUAAUAGAUAUCGGUAAUAAGAUUUAUUUUUUUUUUCUUUUCACUUGAAGCUAUAAGUAAUUGAUUCGUUUAAUUUAUCGUUCUGUGCCAAUACGAUUUGUUUUGCGGAGCUGCUAUGCCAACAUGAGAUUUUCUGCUUUUUCAACAUCAUUAUCCUGAAACCACCCUGCUUCCUCCAAAUGAGUCGGACAUGCAAAGUCAGCUCUUUAAAGGCCUGAUUCAUGUAACAACACACAGUCACAGCCCUCAAGAGAUUAUAUUUAAUUGUUCAUUAAAAAAUUCUAAAACCUAGAGAGGGCAAAAUGAAGCAACCUAACCUAGUCUGUAAUCUAUUAGUUCUAUAUGUUUCGUGUUAAAUUUUUCUGUUAAUUUUUGUUUUAGGCCAAUGUUUACCAUGCAAGUACUUCCAGCGGUGAAAGCAGAGCAAUCAAGAUAUACAAAACUUCAAUUUUGAUGUUUAAAGAUCGUGAUAAAUAUGUUAGUGGGGAGUUCAGGUGAGAAGGCACCCCAGUCAUGUGAAUUGACCAUAAUGGGAGUAAUCAAUCUUUGCUUUGUUAUGGCUGACUUUAUUACUAUUAUAAUGUACUUAAAGAGAUGAAAGGUUAAUUUGGUAUUCAUUCAAUGCUAUUUAACCAUACAUUUGUGUCUAGGUAAGUUUCAUGCCAUCAUCUGCAUUCCUCCUUGUUUUGCAACCAAAAUAAAACCCAUUAUGCCAUAUUAUUAUUAUAUUAGUUUACCUGUCUGCUAUGCAGUGAACAUCCACAGAGUUUCUUAGUACUAUGGCAAUCAAAGAUGACUUAAGUGUACAGAUAUACCAGCAAAGUCCUACUUUUGAUUAGACACUUGUUUUGCUUGUUUUAGAUUUCGGCAUGGCUACUGCAAGGGAAACCCCAGAAAAAUGGUGAAAACUUGGGCAGAAAAAGAAAUGAGAAAUUUAAUAAGGUAAGAAGUGUCCUCUAAAUUUUCAUUGUUCUUUUUUUGUAAUUCAUUUUAUUAAAUGUUUAUUAUAAAAUUAGGAUUACGCAAUAAAGAGUACAGUAUUCAUUAUUUCUCUAAAUAGACCAAAAAACAAACUGUAACACUCAAUAAUAAAAAGGCAGGGAAAGUAGGGAAGAGGGACAGGUUGGUGAAGGUAAUUUUUCUCAUCUUCUCUUUCUGCUCCUCUUUUUUUUUUUUUUUUUCUCUCUCUUUUCCUUUCUUCUUCUCUUCCCAUAGUAUGAUGGGACAAAGUUUGAAGAGAGUCUAAUAACAGACCCCGUACCUUUUUAAACCAAUUGAAUCAGAAUAAUUUCUAUGACAGCCUAUAUGUCCCAUCAUCCUAGUCUGUUCUAGAUCCUGUAAUACUUUAGAGAUAGUGGGCAUAGAAGAUGAUUUCUUUAAUUUAACUGUGGUUAGCAUAAAUUAAAAAAACUGUGUGAUCUUUGAAGAUAUGAAGGGUAAAUAUCCUAAUAAUGUCAAUAUUAAAUGGGAGAUUUAUACCUAUUGUACUGUAUUCUGAAUUUGUUUUUGACCAGAGUUUCAAAAUCGUUUUAGGAAGGGACAAAACCACCAUAAAUGUUAUAUUUCCAUUUGCAACGUUUUUUUUUUGUUUUUUUUUUAACUAGCAACUUCACUACUUAAAUUCUUCCAUCUCAAAUCUGAGCUUUUCUCUAAGAAAUAUGCAUGUAAGGUUGAGCAAACUGGAUUUACAUUUGCCGUAAAAAUCUAUUUAGUAAUAGCAAAUUACAGUACUAGAAAUGAGUCAACCAGAACGGAAAACAGAUUAAUUGCUUAAUUUCCAGACCAUUAACAAUAUUUGUUACACACUUCAUGCAUUCAUUCCAUAUGAUCUAUGAGGCUGUUAAUUUUGGAUUGAUCCAGCUGUAUGUGUCAGUGAUGAUCUGUAAUGCACAAGUGCAAAUACGUCAGAUCCUUUCUAGUUACAGUAAUUUUGUAUAAUAUAUAGAUACAUCUCCAGAUUUUCUUUAUUUUUCUUCCAGUCUGGAUUUCUUUUCUUGAUUGAUUUUCUUUGCAGGCUGAACACAGCGGGAAUUCCGUGCCCAGAGCCUAUCAUGCUAAGAAGCCAUGUGCUCCUUAUGGAUUUCAUUGGUAAAAAAGACACGUGAGUCACUUUUCAAAAUAAUACCAGAUUCCAUGUUUGCUUCAUCUCAGCUUGAGUCAAAGCUUACAGAGUUAGUAAAGCUUUCUGGCAAAUCCUGCCUCACGUCAACCCCUUAAUCAUCUGUAUCUGUUAGUUUGUGCAAACAUUUAGGUCUGCUCAUAAGUCAAACUAAUGCAAUGUACUGAACACCUAGGCAGCGGUUUAUGGCAUAUGAUAAUUCAAUAAUUUACAAUCCACUUCCUGGUGAUCCAUUAUUAACAUAACACACUUCUUAACCUAUUUAUUUUACUGUCCUGUAAUCUUUGACAGUUUGGGGACUAGGCUUUGCUCUGUCGGCAUGCCACUUGGGUUCCAAGAUGCUGUUUGACAGCACAGGAUGCCAUGCUCAUUAAGUUCUUGGACAUCAUGCAACCCUUUUAUUCAGAAUUCAAAAAAACAAUACAGUAAUCUGGUGAUUCCACCUAAAUAAAAGUGUGAGUGGAGCGUUACAAGUGACUAUAACACUCUCCAAAGAAAAAAAAAUACAAAGCAACCUUGUGCAGUAUGCUUAGGCAUGCAUUUGUAGGAUCUUAUAAUGCCUUGCUCACAGUUGCAGGAGGCUAAAUGUACAAUGCUCCAGGUAAAAAGUUUUAGUGCAAAUCAGGUUGACACAUCCUUAUUGGAUAUAUCUGUUAUACAGGAAUCAGGGUGCUACAGGAUAGGGUCCCAACUUGACAAUAUUUUUAAUAAAAUAUAAUUAAAAACAAAGUAACAAGAAUAAAAAAGAAAAAUACUAUAGAGUUUGUGAAUCCCCUGGAAACGUGUUUCACCUGAACAGGAUUUAAAAUUUUUAAAAUAUAAAUGCAUUUUAUUGCAUUACUCUGUUUGUGGAUCACAUGGAGAUUGUCCAUGAGUGUUGCAUCUGCUCACACACAAAGCAAUUUUUGUUUCGAUGGUACAUUCUGGUUUUAGGGAAACAGAUUGUCAUGACAUCAUGCACAGUCAUUAAGCCUUAAGGUGUUAAAAUUCUAAGUGACUUCAUUAAAGCUCCUCCGACUAGUUUGCUAGCAUAGGAUGUUAUCAAUCUAAAGUAUUUAUGCUAUCACAUAUGGACUGGUUCUAGAGUAAAGAUUUUGCAAGUUUACUUUGUGUUAUCCACAUGGGGACAUAUAUUUUCUAAUCAUAUAUAUAUGUUUUAGGGGCAAAAAAGGCUGUAAAGAGUGAUAGUGAAAAAGUUAGGAAUAGCGUGAUUAAAGAAAGGAAAAAGUUGAUUGUGGUGUGCCUGAACCGAUGAUGCAGUAGGCCUGUAAAUAUAGAGGGCCCACCCAAAAAGUGUGAGUAAAGGUAUAUAGAGUGACUAGAGGGAGUGGAGUGAGGGGACAUGUAAAUUGCUAGACCAAAAACUGUGCAAAGGAAGGUGAAGAGUUCCCUUAAAAAGGUAAUUUAAGCCACUCCCACGAUGCCAGGCAAAGCCUUAACAUAUAUCUCCAAGAAAAGCCUUGCACUGCAAUUGUAAAAAAUUAUGUAUUACCCGGUGCUCUGCCAUAAAAUCAAUACUGCGCCAAGAUAGGUAAGCAUAUACUUCUUAUGUAAUUCAAUUUAUUCAAUAUACAUGCAAAAAGUCGACAUUUCAAUUCUUCCUGAUGAAUUCAGCCUGGCUUUCAGGUUUGGGUUAGGAAUAGCUAAGCUGAGAGCAUGGAUUACUUUUUACCCAGUUUGGCUGUUUUGUAAUGUCUUAACUUUUAGGGUUAUGUUGUUCUAGAAGUAAUUCAGUCAGCAGUCCCAUCAGAUGUGUAUGGAAUACUUUAUGUUUCAGGAGCAAUAAUCCAUGGGUUCCUGUAUUGUAAGUUUUCUAGGUGAAAUUGUCUUCCUGCCCUUUGUCAUAGCUUGUUACAACCCAUUUGUGAUGACUGACACUUAAGUUUUCUAGCAACACUUUUCUAGCAACCUAUUUCAUUACCCCUACUUAUACCCUUUGUGUGCAUUUUGUCUGGUUACAAUUAUGUGUUUGUCAGUACACCCAUUGUACAGCGCUACGGAAUUUGCUGGCACUAUAUAAAUAAUAAUAUAUUUAGCAAUUUACCAAUGGGGAGUCUCAAUAUAAUUGUAAUAUAUAUAUUUAAAAAACAAAAACUAAUAUAAUGUUUAAAACUAAUGUUUAGAUAAGUAAUUUGCUGAAGAGAACAAAAGUGACUUGGAAAUAAGCUCAUCAACUAAGUAAACUAUUACCCGAAAACGUUAACAUAUGUAUGUAAUAUACAUCCUAAAUUUAAAAAGUGCACAAUAAGGAGUUUAACGGUGAAGCUCUAACACCUUGAGUGGUAUCCCCUAAACCACCUCUGCAAGAUACAUAGAAAACAUACAUACAUAAGGUGGAGCUUCAUAUACACGUUCUGACGGUAUCUGUAAUUAUAUAAAUACAAAGACACAGAAUAGUGCAAUAUUGUUGUAGCCAAUAUAAUUAUAUUGAAAAGCGUAUGUGGUGUUAUAUGGGAUUAUGACUCUUGAUUUGUGAGUGACACCACAUACGCUUUUCAAUAUAAUUCUAUUGCCCAUAGAAUAUGUGUCAAAAAUGCAUUUUGUUAAAGUUAAUAUCUGGGUUACAUCCAAUUCCUGUUUCUUACUUCAGUCCUGCUCCACUUCUGAAGAAUGCUCAGAUAUCUGAAUCCAAAGCCCGGGAGCUCUAUUUGGAUGUUAUACAUUACAUGAGAAGAAUGUACCAAGAUGCGAGACUCGUGCAUGCCGAUCUUAGUGAAUUCAAUAUGCUGUAAGUAACAUGCCAUCAGAAAUGUAUUUAUGGACCUGCAAAUGUUUUAACACUUCAUCUUGCUGUUUUCACUAUUUGUUCAGGAGUAUCCUGCUCUUAGGCAGGAUUUAUUGCUAUAUUUGUGCUCCAGUCAAGUAUUUCUAAAGAUCUUUGAGAAAAGUAAGGUGAUAGCGCACAACUGUUAAGGGUUAAUCACAAAAGCAGUGGUAGUUGAGGUUAAACCUGUUAAUAAAAACAUAAAAACGACAGCCCAGACUGUAUAAAGUGGUAUCCGUGCAAAAGAUACAAAGGAUACUCACAUAUUUCAGAGCCCUAUAGGUCGGCUCUGAACUCCGUAGAUAUGAUAUCCCCACUCAGACUAGUGUUGUGUAGAUGGUCCCAGCGAAGUAUUUCUCCACAAUUGAAGUUUCAGGAACCAGAAGACAAAUAUACUUUAUUGUAAUAUAUAAAAACACAACAAACACAAUAUAUUAUUUCCACUUAGGGGUGCACUCACUUUUUGUUGCCAACGGUUUAGACAUUAAUGGCUGUGUGUUGAGUUAUUUUGUGGGGACAGCAAAUUUACACUGUUAUACAGGCUGUACACUUACUACUUUACAUGGUAGAAGAUUGUCAUGUCUUCAGUGUUGUCACAAGAAAAGAUAAUAAAAUAUUUACAAAAAUGUGAGGGGUGUACUCACUCUUGUGAGAUACUCUAAAUCUCCCCCUUUAGAAUAUUAUGUAACACUGUGGAAUAAGUUUGCGCUAGAUAAAUGCCAAUAAAAAUCCCUAGAUAUGAUCGUAAUCAUUGUUUCAGUGAUUGUAUAUUGCAUUUACUCAUUAGUCUGUUUUUUUUUUUUUUGCUCAAUUCAUUAAUUCCAUUAUUACAAUUUUUUUUUAGGUAUAACAAUGGAAAAGUGUUUAUAAUUGAUGUCUCACAGUCUGUGGAGCAUGAUCACCCACAUGCUCUAGAGUUCCUUCGGAAAGACUGUGCAAAUGUAAAUGGUAAAACUGGACUUUUUUUUUUUCUUUUUGCUAUGAAAGAAAUAAAACCGACCUGUCAUUAAUGCAUUGCCAUUGUGUAGUAAAAUAAAUUUGGGACCAAAGUCUUUUUUUAAAUUUAUUUAUUUUUUAAAGCAGCAAGAGGUAGGGCUGACCAAUAUAGGCCCAGUGUAUUUAUUUUUACUUCAACUCCUGUAAUCUUUUGCCAAUUGUUGGUUGUCGUUAGAAGGUAAUAUGUUCUCCAAAACCAGCAUAAUCCCUGACACAAUUAUUUAGCUAUUUACAGAUUAUUGUUUAAUAUAUCCAUUUACCUUUUAAUAUCUAGACUCUGUUUAACAAGGCAGUUGUUUGCCACAAUUACAUUGUAUUUUAUUGUAUUGCAGUGACGGAUGCUCGGCAUUGAGUUAGGCAUUGUAAGACAACCCAUCAUCACAGGGAGAUAGAGCAGUAACUGCUGAUAGCCUUAGAUAUUGCCAUCUAAAGUCUUAGCUGAUCAAACACAACACUAAAAAAAAUCAACAUGUUAUUAAUUGUAAUAUUAUCUAACUAAAAAUUAGCAACAUAGCUAGAGGGUGAUAUCUAGAAUAGGUAAAAUAUAAAAAUUGUAUAUUUUCAUUCUCCCAUAUCACUAUAUUGAGGAUCUGCUACUCUCAUCUAUAAAUAAUAGUACUAUAAAAUGAAGCAAGAAGGUCGGACUGUUACAACAUUAACAUCUUGCUGUCACAUUGCUGCAACAUUGUAUGUUGCAACAUUAUUCAGAUCCUAACUGCCACAUUUGUUUUGAAUCUUAUUUUUUUACUUUAGGGUUUUGCUAUCUGGGACAUUUAUUUUUAAGUUCAUUUUCAAGUGUUGUCAGUAGUACAAACUAUAUUUAUUAUAUUAACUAUAUUAUUUUUAACUAAAUUAUUUUUCGUGGUGUAUAUUUUACCUAUUCUAGCUGCUGCUGGCUAACUUGCUUAUUUUUAGUUAGAUAUUAAUAUUAUUGUACAUUUAGGGGUUGGUGCACUGUACCCUGAUCCAGUUUAAGCAACAUUUAGAUAAUAAAACCCUGCUCCACCUGUUUCUUCGGGUGAUACUUUGAUUGCAGAUUCUUACAAGUCUUUUUAUUUCCUGAUUAUUAUAUGUUUGUUUUUUUAUUUGUAUUGUAUGUGGUGAGGGAGGAGUUUGUGACCCCUUAAAAUAAGUUAGUGUUGUUCCCCAGAAUCCUGUAGUAACUGUGAAGAGUGUAGUAAGGUGGUCUUACCCCUGAAAGCCGUCAUGAUCAGGAGCAUAGAGUUAACAGGGAAGAUUUGAAGUAUGGCAAUCAAAAUCUAAGAAAUAGAAACUUUUUUUUUUUUUUUUUAAAUAUAUAUAGCUCUUAGUUUUUGAAUGUUAUGUUUUAAACAAUAAAAGUUAGGUGUUCAGUAAUAAUAUAAAACAAUAUAAAAUCCUAAAUUUGUUUGCAGCUGCUACCACACUGAAUGUGCAAUCCUUCAAAAACACACAAAAUCGUGAAAUGUCAAUAAAAAACAGUGGAGCGCUGUAUGCCUUUAAAGUGCAACAAUAGUACAAAUUUGUGUGUGCAAAAAAUAAAAAUAGAUAUGGACACUUAACUGUCUUAGAUUGUAAUCUUUGAUGGACAUGUAAAUGUACAUUUAAGUUAAGUGUCCAUAUCCCAUUUUGUAUUUAUUGGGAAAGCCAUUACAUACAAAGAUGAUAAUUACAUAUAUUGUCUAUAGCAUGUUAACAAUUCUAGCAUCUCGCAUGUCCUUUUAGCUACUUAUAUAUAUAUCGUUAAUUUAAGUAAUGCGAAUGGUUGUUUCUUUGGUGACAGAUUUCUUUGUGAAGUAUGGUGUUGCAGUAAUGACUGUUCGAGAGCUGUUUGAGUUUAUCAUUGAUCCUUCAAUUACAGAGGACAACAUGGAUGCAUAUUUAGAUAAGGUAAUAUUGGCUUACCAUUUGCUUUACACGUAUACAGGAAUAUAUUUCAGUCACUGAUAUGACUAGGUUCUCAAAAAUGGUAUAUUUUAAUGGCAUCAGUCCUGAGUGGAGAAUAAGGCAGUAGUUGCUUGUUGUUGGUUCUAGGAUCAAACUGUUGCGGGUAGGAAUCAAAAGCGUGCAUUAUGUAGUGCUCUGUGCUGCCCACACUGUAAUUUAUAUGUGGGGUGACAUCCUGCAGGGGUAACUGCACAGAACUGUAUGGAUUGAGACUUCAUGCAGCGCAUUAAAGUGUUUGCACUAACACCGUUCUGCACCACAAUGAGGUCUUCCUACUCACUGGGAAACAGGAAGAGAACUCCUAAACAAUCAGAAAACAGAACUGUAAAGAGGAUGAAUGGGCUACCAAUCGAAGUAGGAAGGAUUAGGAGGGUGUAUGAGCUGCAACUGGCAAAUAAUUUUUAAAACAAAAUAUAUAUUAUUUAUAAAGCACCAACAAAUUUAGCAGGGUAGUGCAAUAUGUAAUAAAUUAUCAACCUCAUGCUUGAUCGUCUAUUUGCUGUAUAUGGUAACUUAGUGCCUCCAGACUCCAGAUUGGUCUCGGCAUUUACCUGCAUUACAAAUUGGAAUCUGUCACGAGCAGCAUUUGAGAUGUGGUUGUAUGUUCUGUAUGUAGUACUGCUUGCAAAUGGGGAUCAGAUGGGAACAGUGCAGCCUCAUACUUUUACUAACUUACUCAAACUAUCGGAGUCUGUGGUGAUUCCUGACUACACCUUUAAUACCAUCCAGGGAAGAUGCUAAUGUUUUACCUCUAGACUGUACAGCUGUGGGCAUUUGCUUGUGACUCACAAUCAGUAGGGGACAAGUGAAAAAAGAUGCAUUGUACUGUAGUGGGUGGAAUUGCUGUGAUAUUUUCAGAGGAAGAUAUUGUGGUACUCAAAUUCACACAUGAGUAACACCUAUUAUAUGUUUCUAUUGUAAGAGUAAUGAUCACCUCGCUUUUGAGUUGUUCUACAAUCUGCAUGGUUUAUUUGGCAUUUCGACAGUUUUUUUUUUAAAGUUUGUAUAGUUAAAUAUAAAAAUGCAUGACAUGGUACUGCAUUUAUUGGCCACUAGAUGUCACUAUAUGCUUUUAUUUUAUCAAUCCUGCCAUUAAACAAUUUUAAAAUGUUAUGGUAUUUGAUUUAGAAUAUUAACAACCUUCACAUUUUGUAAAUUAAUAUUUUACAGGCAAUUGAACGAGCGGCCCAGAGAACAGAGGAAGAGAAAUCUAGUCAAGAUAAGGUUGAUGAAGAGGUGGGUUAAGCGGAUCUAUGACAUAAUGUUUGAAUAGACUAUAGCGUCUAGACAAGCAGUUAGGGUGUGGCCGAAACUGAUACACUGCUAAACUUCAUGGAGAUUUUUCAAACUGUAUAUAAGGAAAAUAGCCUGGAAUCUUAAUAUAAAUCACAAUGUACUUCACAUAUUUGUAUACCUCGGACUCACUGCUCCAGUCCUUGCAUAGCGUCAUGUACACAUAUUCCAAGCCAGGAGUGGGGAAGCAAAUGCCAUAGUUAAACUUAAGUUGUUAUAAAGUAAUGCCCCCUGUAGUUGGAAUAUAUAUCAAACUCUUCCUCUGGGACUAAGGUUCCCCUUGCUACUCUAGUCUCUUUCCAUGAGAACAUGGAACUCUGUAGUCUAUGCAGUAUUUUAUUUUCUUUUUUUUUCUCCAGUGGAUAUUCUCUAAACCGGUACCUGACCAAUCCUACAUGUAUCUAUGUCCAGGCCCUAUUGUGAAAUAUCUGUUUUGCAACUAUAAUAAUGGCGAGGUGAAACAGACCAUUAUUGGUUAGCGACAAGACCUAUUUUGUUAAGACUUGUAUUAUGUAUUUGCUUACUUGGGACAAAAUUGUAUGCCAGUUAAAAAUGGUAAUUGUGUCUCUGAUUACUGCUUUCUCUUGUUUUCUUAGGUGUUUAAGAAAGCCUAUAUUCCCAGAACACUAAAUGAGGUUAAGAACUAUGAGAGAGAUGUAGACUUAAUGCAUAAGCUGAAAGAAGAGGACAUGGCCUUAAACACCCAACAAGAUAACGUGAGUUUUUAGUCUUUUCAGCUCUCUCAUAUUGAUCAGUUGUUACCAAUCAAAUCUCUACUGUUUUGUUUAUUUAGUAAACACAAAACAAAAAAUUAUACAGAAGAUGUGGGAUCUUAUUCUCCUCUAAGAUGCAUGAAUUCAAAAGAACCAUUUAUAGUGGCUGUUUAAAGUUUCAUUUGUAACAGAAUAAUGUGACCAGAAAGAUGGGCCCAAUUUGUAUUUUUGUAAAAAUGCCUGUUGACUAUUAAGUUUUGCGAAUAAUCACAUCUUUGCCAAUGCAAGGGUUAAGGUCUUCAAACAGGGGCCAACACUCAGAGCUGCCUGUGGACAGGAGCAUUAAAGCAUAUAAAGUUUUAUGUUGUGAAGCCUUGUAAAUAUGCCUGAUCUGAGUUGCUUGCAUCAAUUUUUGCAUCUUUAUUAAUGUAAUUAUAUGAGUCUCUAUCAGAUGUCCAACUUUCCUGUCCUUUCACUGUUGGAUCAUAUUCUCUAAAUAUACUACACAUUACAUGUACAUAUUACAUGAACAAUGUCAUUGCAACGGUUAACUGACUAAAUGGCUAUUACAGUAAAAUCAUUGAAGCUUCUCUAUUAGAAAGCUCUUUGACAAACGAUUCAUUAUGAGUGAUACGAACUUUGUGUUUUGUUUUUGUCUUAUAGAUUCUAUAUCAGACUGUAACAGGACUGAAGAAAGACCUUUCUGGUGUUGAAAUGGUAAGGUUGGCUGGCUUUUAUACUUAGUUACAGGAGAUUCGCAACACCAUAAUACCUACAGCUUCAGUGCCAAUUGGUUCUUCCCCAUUUGUUAAUAACUUUUUGGAGUGGAUUUACAACAAACUGCAUUUUUCACAUCAACCACAGCCUGCACAUUCUUCAAUUAAUAGCCCAUUCAUCCUCUUUUCAAAGUUCUGUUUUCUGAUUGUUUAGGAUUUUUCUUCCUGUUUCCCAGUGAGUAGGAAUGCCUCUUUGUGGUGCAGCACGGUGUUAGUGCAAACACAUUAGUGUGCUGCAUUUAUAAUCCUGAAUAUAGACUUCUUCUAUAUUACUAGUGCUGCAUUUAUAAUCCUGAAUAUAGACUUCUUCUAUAUUACUAGCAUUAAUCUCCUUCAGCUUGAGAGGCACUGGUGGCUUAGUUGUAGAAAUGAUGCAUGUCCCCUUUUCAUGUGCUGAACUUUUUAAGCAGGCAUGUUUCCUGUAUUGUAUUCCAUAGCACAUAACUAAUGUGUAAUGCAUGUGCAGGUACCAACUUUGCUGCAGGAUAGUGAUCAUACACAAGAGAUUGGAUCAGAAUCUGAUAGUGACAGUGAUGAUGGGUCGGCUUCUGACUCUGAAGCGGACAUUCAUCCUAAAGAUCGGAGUUCUGAGCCAGUCGUGGAUAAAAAGGUUAGUACAUUUACAUGCUGGAAGAUAAAUGAUAGUUUGCUAAUGGGAUGGCACCCAAAAUCUAACUAAUGUUAUUUGUCAUUAUGGCUUAAACCUUUUGGCUUACACAUAAAGCCAUGAUCAAUGGCCACUUCAUUAAGCAUGCAGCUGCAGGAACAGACUACACAAUUCUAGCUCAACUCCGACACAAAGGCAACUAGAAACUAUAUAAAAGCAGACAGAAUAAGUGUUAUUGUGUUGUUACUAAUUUCUCGGUAUGCAUUCUAACACAAUCUUGGUUUGUAAAGCUGUUGUUUCUUCUAAUAAAAGUCAAUAAAAUGUAAUUUGCAAAACCAAGUUGUAAAUCCAAAGUUUGUUUUAAGUUGUAUAUUAGAAAUUGUCCUGUCUGAUCCAGUGUACUGCUUUUUGUCAUGUACUUCCAAAAGUUUCCUCCUCCUUUUUGCUUGGGCAUAUUUUUUUUUAUAAAUUCCAACUCUGUUCCCUGUUGUCUUAGAUGUCCUGCCAUCAGCUUUUUAAUACUUUCCAUUCACCUGCCUUUAAUAGGAAAGAAAAAAGAUUGCUAAAGAAGCCCAGAAGGAGAAGAGAAAAAACAAGAUCCCCAAGCAUGUGAAAAAAAGAAAAGAAAGGACCGCAAAAACGAAGAAAGGCAAAUAAAGUAUAGUUUUAAAAGUGCAGCAAAAUUCUGGUGAUAUACAAACUUGCUGUGCAAAAUGUGGUAUGGCCAACCUAUUCAUCCUGGAGAUGAAUUAAAAUUUACACUAUGUGUAGCCUUCUGCAAGGUUUACAGUCCUUCAAAGGUAAAAGUAGCUAGCCCAUGGACAGUCUGCAAAAUGAACUAAUUGAAUAAACCCCUUCUAUGCCAGGGGACAGUCACAGAAAGGUAUAUUGUUAAGCUCAAAUAAAUUAUUUUGUUGCAAGACCACAUCCACCCCUUUUAAAAAGUGAUGUGUCAAAAUAAAAGAAUAUUUUUAACUUUGGUUAACCAUUAAACGAGUAAUGUCAGUUAUUCUGAAUGCAUCAGUUACAUAGAAAUAUAGAAUGUGACGGCAGAUAAGAACCAUUCGGCCCAUCUAGUCUGCCCAAUUUUCUAAAUACUUUCAUUAGUCCAUAGUCUUAUCUUAUAGUUAGGAUAGCCUUAUGCCUAUCCCACGCAUGCUUAAACUCCUUUACUGUGUUAACCUCUACCACUUCAGCUGGAAGGCUAUUCCAUGCAUCCACUACCCUCUCAGUAAAGUAAUACUUCCUGAUAUUAUUUUUAAACCUUUGUCCCUCUAAUUUAAGACUAUGUCCUCUUGUUGUGGUAGUUUUUCUUCUUUUAAAUAUAGUCUCCUCCUUUACUGUGUUGAUUCCCUUUAUAU